AUGCGCCAAGGUAUUCUGACGCUGCGACCUCUUUUCUUCUGGCUGUUGGUACGCACGGAACUGAGCAAACGUCAUUUGGUGACAUGGUGCAUUCGAAUCCCUGCUUCCUUGUGCUGCCUCUUUGAUUCCCCCGGUCUCCCUACCCCGCCUCCAAGAACGCGUCGUUGUAGAUUCGUUGCGGGCGCAGUCUUUCUGCUCCGUGGUGGUGGUAGUGCGCCUUCGUACCUCUCAUUUGCCUCGGGCGUCUCUCUUCCCACCGCUCGACGGGAUCAAUAUCAUGUGGCCGCGAUAGUUGCGCAGACAGUGCUGGGUCUGUCCUCGGCUGCCGAUACACGUAUGUUGGACAAGACCCAAUCCCAAUUGAGCAUUCCAUGGACCUUCACACCACUUCCCGUUGGCGCCAUCAAACCUGCCGGCUGGCUGCUGGGCGAGAUGCAAGCCAUGGCCACGGGGCUGCCCGGCCAUCAGCACGACUUUUAUAUAUUUGUGAACCAGUCGUCGUGGCUCAGCACACCUGGCAGCGGUGGCUCUGAGUACAGCAGUCUGAACGAGGCUCUGCCGUAUUGGUUCAAUGGUCUUGUUCCCACGGCCUAUAUUCUGGACGAUGCGAGGCUAAAGGGCCAGGUGCAUGACGUUGCUGACAAGGUGCUCAAGUUCCAGACCGAUGAUGGCUGGAUUGGCCCUGAGACGGGCGACAAGCGCAACUUUUGGGCCCGUACGCCCUUUUUCCUCGGCCUGAUCCAGCUUGCCGAAGCAGACAAGCAGUGGGAGGAGCGCAUUGUCACGGCGUUGCAUACAUUCUUCCAGCUCGGAAACAAGAUGCUUCACAACGACAGCCAGGGCUUCACCCGCUGUGCCAGUGAUAUUGAUUGUACCUGGGGACAGGUGCGCGUAGCUGACAUGAUCAUCGUCAUCCAGUGGCUGCUGGACAAUCAUCCAUUGGACAACAAAGCUCAGCUCUGGGAGACCAUGGACAUGUUCUACGAUCAAACAACGUACAAGUGGGAUAAAUGGUACGACCCUGCCACAUAUCACAAGGUUGUCGACCCCAAUGACAAGAACAUCACCCAGUAUAUUCACGGUGUUAAUGUGGGCCAAGGCCUCAAGGCAUCGAGUGUCGUGUGGCGAUUCAAGGGCGGUGACUACUUCCGCCAGCGAAGCCAAGAUGCCGUCGAUUUGACAUUUACCUACCACGGCAGUGCCUCCGGUUCCGUUCUCGCGGAUGAGUGGCAGCGUGACGACUCGCAGUAUAUCGGCAGUGAGCUUUGCACGGCUGUCGAGACGUCAUAUUCACUGGCCUACAUGUAUCAAGUUCUCGGAAACAACAGCUUUGCAGACCGUGCCGAGACCACGUUGUUCAACGCCAUGACUGUUAUGUUGACUGGUGACAAAUGGGCUCAUCAGUACAUGGCGGCGCCCAACAUGCCCUUUGCCCUCAGCACUAUUCAGGCCGAUGGCAGCGUGCCACCUGUCUUCACAACAGCCAACAGCGGCGUCGCAACAACCUAUGGCAUGGAGCCUUUGUACCCAUGCUGCACAGUCAACCACCCUCAAGGCUACCCCAAAUUCAUCACCAACAGCUGGGUAUUGGUAGGCUCCACGGGCCUUGGUCACGCUCUUCUCGGCCCUACAAAUGUCACGACAAAGGUCAACGGUGGUGAUGUGUCCAUUGAAUGCACUACCAACUAUCCAUUCACCAACUCACUCUCCUACCAAAUCAGCGCCGAGGCAGAUUUUGACUUGUAUCUCCGCGUGCCCGAGUGGAUGAACCUAAAUUCUUCAUCACUUACCACUACUAUCACUGCCGGUGGCACGGCCUCGGCCAAUGCUACCGUUGCUGUCAGCGCAAGCGACGACACAGGCAUGCACAAAAUUUCUGUUGCCAAGGGAGCCACGACGAUCAUCUACAGCCUUGGUAUCAGUCCCCGGGUCGAGAAUCUUGUUGACGAUACAGUCGCCAUCUUCUAUGGCAACCUGCUUUAUGCUCUCGAUGUGGGUUACAACAAGACAACGACUCUUCCGCACUCGUACGGCGACCCCAAGGGUCCCGGACUCGGCGGCCUGGAUUUUAAAGAGCUGCGCGACGAAUUCAUCAACAGCACCAAGGAGUGGAAUGUGGCGAUUGAUCCAACGACCAUCAAGUACAACGGUAUCGGCGCGACCGACUCGAUGGCCAACCCCAUCUUUGAGCAAAAUGCGCCGGCCAAUUUUAUGUCGGUCGACGGCUGCCAGAUCAAGUGGGAUUUAAAGAUGGGUGUCACUCCUGACCGGGUGCCAAAAGACCCAACCUGCAUCAGCGAGAAGAAGACGUACCGGCUGAUUCCGUACGGCGCGGCCAAGGUACACAUGUCGCAGAUGCCGACUGUGAAACUGUAG